AUGGACGAAUGCGAGGCCAAAUUCUUAAAUGAAACUGUAGAUUUCAACAGAACGACGAUGGCAGGUGUUAAUAAAGCAAUUGCAGGGCCUGCGCACGUAGACAAUGACGUGAGCGAUAACGCACGCUACGACGAAUGUUCGGACACACCACGUCGCAAGACGAUAAUUUCGAUACCUAAAAAAGCGGCGUUAGGUGAAUUGCGUCCCUUUUGUAAUUUGAUACCUGGCGAAUCGCGUCCCUGUUGUAUAUAAUAGAUAAUAUUUUAGUCAAUUAUACGUCAAUCAUUUCUGUAAAAAAAAUUAAAACUAUAAAAGACUAUUAUAUAUUUUAAACAAGUAAACGUUUAAAUGAAUCGGCUUUGAAUCUGGUCAACAAUUUAUUAUUAUAUUUAAUCAUUUUUUCUCGAAUAUAAUUUUCUUAUCGACUUACCCUGACGGGAUUUUCUUUGUCCAUUACUUCGUGUUUUUUUGUAAGUUUCAAACGGAAUAUUUUUUAAAACAUCAAUAAAGUUGUGAAUAUUUGGAUAACUAGCGAUAAAUAUAUUAUUUAAUUUGGAGUGAAAUGCCUCACAGCUGUUAUUGGCUGUCCGAUUUGUCGCAAAUUCAGCCCAGAAAUUUGGAGGGAAACUUGCAUCUGUAAUAAUGUAAGUUUUGAAUAUUAUGUAUUCUAUGAAAUUAUUAUACAUAAAAAUAAAUCGGAGAUGCAAUUCACCUACUUGUAAAAAAUAUCCGGGCCACAAUUCACCUAGCUGUGUAUAAACAUUUUAUUUUUGCAACGCAAUUCACCGAACCCGAUAAAAGCGGCCGACGUAGAACCAGAAUAGAAAUUAUUGGUAAAACGGCAAAUAUUAACGGGGCGUCAAGGCGUGAAAAUCGUAGACCUGACAACACUGAUUGUAUGUGUUGUUGUUUAUGGCAGUUAUCUCGAAGAUUUGUGCCGCUAUUAGUCGUUGUUCGCCGAAGUUUAGAUGAUAACAAACAAAGUUUUAUUAUUUUUUUUAAUUGAUUUUGUAAAAUAAAUGUGUUAAUAAAUAUAUUUACUUAAAUGUAUUAAUAAAAUAUUGUUUCUGGUACUUUUCUCUCCCUUUCUGGUCUGUUUUCGAAUAAUUUUAAGUAAUUAAAAAAUAAUUGUAAUAUUCGAUUAAUUAUGGAAAAUGUAUACAAAUAUUCCCACCUAAAUAUCACCCGUACUGUUUAUAGUAAUAUAGUAUAAUAUACUACGCUUACUUUUAAUAAAUCGUAUAAAUAUUAUAUAAAUCAUAGAUAUCCACUUUGUAGGUAAAGUCGGUGUCACUGAAUUAGCAAGAUGGCAGCGGCGUUUGUCAGUAAUUGCAGCUCAAACUAGUUACGAUGAGUGGUUUCAUCAUGCCACACGAAUUGUUAUUGUAAUUUUAUAA